GUGGACUAUCUGUUUUAAGAAUGUCGUACGGUGGAGACUGGAAGAUGUGGAGUGAUACUCCAAUCUUUCUCAGCGCAACUGGAAACCUGGGUGCACUGCGCAGCCAGACUCGGACUAUCUUACGCACAAUCAUACUGGAACAGUUCCAAAUUUAGCGUUGCAAAACAAACCAUUUAACCUUCGUUUACAGUACACAAAUAACUAAUAUGUCUCUGAAGUUGACGACACAUUUGGCGAUCCGACCGCAAUUCGCAGGUACAGCAGUGCUUAACCAUAUAAAGUGCUCUUGACCUGCCAGAGGUAAUCAUGUUGAUCUUUCUAGACCAAUCUUACAGGUUGACACGAGGGUGACAAGCAAAUCACCCAUUGGUGCAUCGGUUUCCUAGGAAAUAGUAAAGCGGAAGUUUUUACCUGAUCCUAGAGCAGCUAAACAACACGCUACACUAACACACAUACGUUUGGUUCCCGUGGAAGAGAUAUAAUACGUUAUUGUGUUAUGAUUUAUAGUCAAGUUAACACUGGUAAAGAUGGGGUGUAGCAAGCAAGCUAAAUGAUGAGCCAGGAUUAAUAUUUGGUUUAUUCCUAGAUAAACAUCUCAGCUAACGUUAGCAUAAUGUUGCUCAGUCAAACGGCGUAUUAGCCUAUAGCAAUAAGUUACUGUCCUAACUGAAUAAUUUACACCAAGCGUGUGGUUGUCAUUGAGUUAGUUAGCUUCCUGGCUGUCUGAGUACCUAAGAGGUAAAGGUGAAAUUAGGCACAAUGUUCACGGACGAAACUUUGGAUACUGUUGGCACAGAAUCAUCAUGGAGAAAAUCACUUCAGUCGGUGCAGGAGUCGAGGAGCUGUCAAACAUUGCCACUGCACACGGCAGAAGCUGAAGUCCAGGCACAACAUGUUUCGGAUAGUGGCACACAGACCGAUGCAGGGGACAGCUUUUACGAAUACCACGAGACGAGCGUCGACCACCCUGGUUUAAAGGAAUUCUUGGAUGGAGUCGAGAAUAUGAUCAUCAAGGAGUUGAUAAAGAAUUCCAGGAGCCAUGCUUUCGAUGGAUUUGAAGUAAAUUGGGUUGAUCACAAUGAAACGGUGUCGUGUAUUCAUCGACUUCAACAUCCGGAUGCUCAGUCAAGAGGGCUCCAAGUUACCAGUUUGUCGUGGAGUUGCACAGGCUCUGUCAUUGCUUGUGCUUUUGGCCGAAUUGAUGAUGGUGACUGGAGCACAGAAAGAUGCUGUGUGUGCACUUGGAACUUGGACCGAAGGGGCUUGGAUCCCAAGCGGCCGGACUUGAUCAUAGAUGCGGCCAGUGCUGUCAUGUGCUUGUCCUUCCAUCCCCAGCGCCCUUCUCUGAUAGCGGGUGGGCUGUACAGUGGGGAGGUCGUGGUGUGGGACACCAGCCGCACACAAGACCCCAUCCUGGCUCAGACUGGCAUGUCUGUCGAUACUCACAGGGAGCCAGUGUAUCAGGUGCACUGGGUUCCAGGGUCUCGCAGGGGGGAGCUGGAUCUGUUGAGUGCAGGUUCAGGAGGCAGAGUUCUGCAGUGGCGUGUUGAUGGAGUGGAGAGCAGGCUGGUCCUGGCCUCUGGAUAUGCCCUGGUUCGACAGCAGGUGCCCAUGAUAAAUACACUGAGCAAGGCAAGAGGUGGCAGUAGUAUAGGGGUCACAGCCCUCGCCGUUUCCCCCUGGGAUCUGGACUCCUUCCUGGUGGGCUCCGAGGGGGGUCUGGUCCUCAAAUGCGCCUUCUCCAGUCAGACAGUGUCUGCAGCACCCCCUGAUGGUGAGAGUGUGACCCUGCGGGCUCCUGCCCAGUUCUGCUUCUCGCCCAGCAGCGGCCCUGUUCACUCCCUACAAUACUCCCCAUUUCACAGGAACUUGUUUGUGAGCGGGGGGACAGAUGGCCUGGCCCACCUCCACAGCCUGCUCCAGCCUGAGCCCCUGCUGUCUCUGCGGGUGUGUGACUCAUCAUACGUGUUCGCAGUGCGCUGGUCUCCAACACGCCCACUGGUUUUCGCAGCAGCCACGGGACAAGGUUUGGUGCAGAUUUUUGACUUGGGCCGGCGGUCGCUCAGGGCUGCCACCACCAUUGACCAGGAGACCGGUGGUAAACCUGUGUACUGUCUGGAGUUCAACCCGCGGCAGACCCACCUUCUGGCAGCAGGAAACGCCGACGGCACCAUCAACAUCUGGCAGCUCAGUGCCAACUUAACAGAACAAGGGCCCCGAGAGACUGCACAGCUGGAACAGCUGGCCAAUGAGGCGGCAGACUGACCUGAGGAGGCCAAAGGACUGAUCCCGUUAUAUGCACCCCUUAAGAACACUAAGGGGCACGUCCAUGGGAGGGCGGAGGACUGAUCCCGUUAUAUGCACCCCUGAAGAACACUAUGGGGCACGGCCGUAGGAGGGCAGAGGAUGAGGUGUCCCAUUUGAGCUCAUCCCGUCAUCCUUCCAACACUUUUAACACUCAAACACCCCAUUGCCCACCCCUACGCUACUCCUGGGCUGCAAGGGAAGGUCAAGGGAUUCGGCCUAUUUUACCCAAACACUAUUAACUCAUUAUUGGAAAUGCUGGCUUGGUCUUUUUGCCCUAUGGUGAGGAAGCAGUUCCCUCACUUGAUUUAGUGGCUAGACUUGUCUGUUCUAGUGACCUUAAAUAAAAUGUUAUGUCAAAUGACCUGCAAGUUGAAUGGAAUUUGUUAAAAUGACUGAUACAAAUUUGGCUUAUUACUUAUUCAUUUUCUGUAUGUUUGUUACAACUAUUUAUUUUACAUCUUUGGUUUUUUUUUUAUUAAAAAGAAGAAACACGAAAAAAAAACCUGGAAUCUGUUUUUCCACAAGGAAAUAAAGCCACUCAGUACAACCUUACCAGUUCUAACCAGUAGCGUUUAUUAAUGCACACUGCAGUCUUACAGGUGAUGUUACAGAAUAUCCUCUCUCUAUAGUUUGUUAAAAUCAAGCAAAGCACUU